UAAUGCAGCAAUAAGUCACCACAGUUCACACAGAUAAAUUCAAAGCCAUUGGUCCCUAUUCAGCUGGUAAAAUUGUUGCUCCAACUGCCAAUCUAGUCUAUUUAUCAGGUUAAUUGGGUAUUGUCCCUGAAGUAAUUACUUAUAAUCUAUAUAUAUAAUAGACAGGAAAUCUUAUUUCUGAAGAUGUAGCAGAAUAAGCAACAUAAGCUAUGAAGAAUGUGGGAAUCUUAUUAGAAGCAGCAAAGUCUAGCUUUAAGAAUAUUGUCAAAUGCAUUGUUUAUCUUGUUGAUAUGGCUGACUUUGCAAAAGUGAAUGAGUCUUAUGCUAAAUUCUUUGAAGGUGAUUAUCCAGCUAGAGUUUGCAUUGCAGUCAAAUAAUUACCAAAAGGUGGUUUAGUAGAAGUUGAAGUCAUUGCAGUUCAAGAUACUGAAUAAUGAAGU